AUGGCCACCUUGGCCUCGUCUCCCCCGACCUCGCCGUCAUGGCCGAAACGGCGCUCACGAGCUUGGAUGCUCCGAUGUGAACGAUACUGUUGUGCAGCUGCCAGCUGUUUCCCGCUUGCGUUUGUGUAUGGACUUACGACUUGGGCGGUUUUUGUGGAGGCUAGUCUUGGGUUAAAAGGGUCGCAGAGUAAAUGGAUUGGUCUCCCAAGUACAUUACUCGGACUCCUGUUAUACAUCGCACUUAACGCUUCGUAUACAUUUGCCGUCUUCACCGAUCCGGGAUCUCCGUUGUCAACGCGCCGAGGAAAUGACCGACACAAUUAUAGUGCGCUGCCGGUCACUGAAUUUGAAUUUCCAGAAUUCACAUCGUACACGGUCAGCUCUACAGGUGGAUCACGAUACUGCAAGAAAUGCCAGUGCCCCAAACCGGAUCGAGCGCAUCACUGCUCAACAUGUAAGCGCUGCGUGCUCAAAAUGGACCACCACUGUCCCUGGCUGGCAACAUGUGUCGGGUUGCAUAAUUACAAAGCUUUCCUGCUCUUUCUGAUCUACACCUCAUUGUUUUGCUGGGUAUGCUUCGCUGUGGCAGGCACGUGGACCUGGCAGGAAGUCCUCAACGAUACAGUGUACAUGGACAAUUUCCUGCCGGUCAACGUCGUCUUGCUAGCUAUUCUAGGUGGAAUAAUCGGCCUGGUUUUGAGCGGGUUUACCGCAUGGCACAUCAGUCUCGCAGUGCGCGGGGUGACAACUAUUGAAUGUCUAGAGAAGACGCGAUAUGUCUCACCGCUACGCAAAGCGCUCGAGCGACGAUUCGACAACGAAUCUGGACCCAACGGUUCAAAUGACUUAUCACAAGACAGUCUCAGCCACCGGCUUCAGGGAUACGGGAAUCAAAUCAUCGAUGCGCACGCUAAUGCUAUUCCGGGCGUGACCCGUGCGGAAGAAGGCGAAGAGCGCCUAUCGCCCGCGCCCUAUGGUCCAGGCCAGGGUCCGAACUUGCACAAUUCAAACAAUUUCACUCCCGCCCAGCAGGCUCUUUCCCGCUCCUAUGCGGAUAUGGAGCGUCAACGCGAACACGACCGGUACCAGGAUUAUCUCAACGAAGAAGAUAGCGAGAAGACACCCAGCGCAUUCGAUCACGGCUGGCGCAAGAAUCUCGAACACCUCUUCGGUGACCGCCCCCUCCUCUGGGCUAUUCCUAUAUGCACAACCACCGGCGACGGGUGGCGCUGGGAACCGAGCCCCCGUUUCCUCGAAGCCCGCGAACGGCUUCGUCUCCAACGUGCGCAGGAAGCAUACGACGAACAGCAGUACUACCGUGACCUAUACCAACGGAAUAUGGAUAACAGCCACGCCUGGAUCGGCGGAGCUAGCGCUGGCGCUGGCACUGGAAAUGGUGGUGGUAAUGGCGUCGCCGGUGCUGGAACCAGCAUGUCACCAGCCCAACCCAGCUGGAUCGCCAAUCGGAACCGACAGGAACCACAUGAACGUCCCCCAACAAGCGUCUCGAUGCAGACCCUCGCGCCCGCAUCUCCACGGCCCCGGCCAGGCGAUAGUGAUUAUGAAGAUGAGCCAGAUAUCGAGAGUAAUGGACUUUUGGAUCCAGAGACUGCGUCUCGUCCUGCGCGUGCGCGGGAUACGGAUGAGUGGCGAGAUUGGGAAUGA